GGUAAACCAUGUGAAACCUCUAUGUCAUAAAGCUUUUCAAUGUCAUGGGUUUUUAUGGUGGUACAUUUCAAUGUGCUUUCUUGUUUCAACAAAAUCAUGAAGUUUUCAGGGCCCUCUUCUAUCUCUGUUAUUCACACCACAAGAAAAUAGAUGUGGCCGCGCAAUCGGCUGGCGAGAAAACGGAUGCCUGGCCAUUGCUGAUUUCUAUGCUGUAGUCCAUUAUAAUGCCUUCUGUCCUUCCAUGAGAGAAAAUGCUUUCCAUGCCUUCUUCUCUCUCCAUUACUUCCACUAACUUUUAAAGUCGGGCAGCAUACUGCUUUCUUCUCUCCUAUGAAAAGUCACAACACUUCUCUAUGCCUUCUCCCUCUAAUCUCAACUACAUUUUCGAGCACUUUAAUAUAUUACAACCGUUGCCCAUACACAGUCUGGCCUGGCAUCCAGCCUAGUGCAGGCCAAUCCAUUCUCGCAAAUGGUGGCCUCCGCCUCCUCCCAAACCAAAUCUUCUCUCUCAAAGCGCCAUCUGGAUGGUCUGGCCGCUUUUGGGGGCGCCAAGAUUGUGUUUUCGAUCACUCGGGCAAGGGCCAUUGCGCAACCGGUGACUGUGGUGGCCUCUAUUGCAAUGGCCUUGGUGGUGCACCUCCUGCUACUCUGGCUGAGAUAACACUAGGAGAACAAGAUUUCUAUGAUGUUUCUUUGGUUGAUGGUUACAAUCUUGGAAUCUCUAUAAUGCCAGUUAGGGGUUCCGGGAAGUGUAGCUAUGCUGGUUGUGUUAGUGAUUUGAAUGGGGUGUGUCCAUUAGGAUUACAGGUGAGGUCGGCGCAUGAUAAUAGGGUGGUAGCUUGUAAGAGUGCAUGUUUUGCAUUUAAAUCGCCACGGUAUUGUUGCACCGGGAGCUUUGGGAAUCCUCAGGCGUGCAAGCCAACUGCUUAUUCAAGAUUGUUCAAGACUGCAUGCCCGAGGGCUUACUCGUAUGCAUACGAUGAUCCGACGAGUAUUGUCACUUGCAAGGGGGCCAGUUAUGUUGUCGCCUUCUGCCCAUAGAUGAAUGCCUCUCUCUCUCUCUCUCUGAGAUAAACUAAUGUUAACUAUUAUUAGUAUUAAGUAGUGUUUUGUGUCUUAAAGUGAUACUUAUUCAGUUCUUAUGCUUACAGUAAUAUAGGUUUUUGGGAGUUUUCUCGUUGAUUUUGGAGACCAGGGUUAUGUAAUCCCUUGUUACUGUAAUCCAAGAUGCUUUUGCAUCGUCUGCCCUUUUAAAGUGUAAUGGUGUCGAUUUCGACUGUUAUCCCUAGUAUACUGCCCAAUAUAUGUUCAACCAUUUUGCACUCA